AUGGCAAGCCAAACCCUCUACCUCGGACGACUAGACUCGGUCUCCACAUCACUAUGUCUCUUCACUUUGUUGACUGGAUCGUUAUGGAUCGCGUAUCGACUGGGAUCAAGAAAUGAUAUUGCGGACUCGGAUUAUGCCGGUCGAGCAGCUCGAGUCCUCAAAAGCACUCCCUUGAUCGACGGCCAUAAUGACCUGCCUUACCUACUUCGCAUUGAGUUGCAAAACCAAAUCAAUGACGGCAAAUUUACUUUUCAAGAAGGCUUGGCCAGUCAUACAGACCUCAAGCGCAUGCAGAAGGGCCGAGUUGGGGGCCAAUUCUGGUCGGUCUUCAUGGAAUGCCCUGAUACCGAAAACAUCGACGACCCCAGUCAUGUUGUUCGCGACACGCUGGAACAAAUCGACGUAGCCCGUCGCUUCAUCGAAAUGACGCCCGAAUUGGAAUUCUGCGCAACGGCCUCAGAUGCCGUAAAGGCAUUCAAAGCCGGGAGGAUAGGAUCUAUGCUCGGUGCAGAGGGCCUGCACCAAACUGGCUCAUCGAUCGCAGUUAUUCGCCAGCUGUGGGAUCUGGGAGUUCGAUACAUCACCAUCACGCACAAUAGCGAUAACGCGUACGCGACAGCGGCGGCCACCGUGACCGCGACCGGUAAAGAUGCAGGGCUUUCACCAUUCGGAGCUGCCGCAAUUCGCGAAAUGAAUCGUCUCGGUAUGAUGGUGGAUCUGUCGCAUGCGUCACAUCGCACAAUGAGACAAGUACUAGAGAUUACUCGGUCUCCCGUCAUCUUCAGUCAUAGUACCUGCUACUCUUUAGCACGGAAUUAUCGAAAUGCACCCGACGACGUGAUCAAAGCUCUCAAGUCUAAUGGGGGCGUUUUGAUGGUCAUGUUCGUCAAGAGAUUCCUUAAAGCGGACGAUCCUGAUACGGCCAAUAUCGAAACGGUCGUCGAUCAUAUCAUGCAUAUUGUGGAUCUUGCAGGAUGGGAUCACGUCGGUAUAGGAGGUGAUUUCGAUGGCACAGUCACGCUAGCAAAUGGCAUUUCGUCGGUGGCAGACUAUCCACUGUUAAUCGAGGCUGUGAUGCGACGAGGAGCGACGGAUAGUCAAGUGAAGAAACUCGUGGGGCUGAAUAUUUUGAGGGCCUGGGCUGAGAAUGAGCGCAAUGCAAAAGUUCUCGCCGAUGAGCUACCAGUUGAAGAGGUUUGGGGAGGAAGAAGUUGGUCAAGAUGGAACAAUCCGCUCCCAAACAUGAUUCCAGGUAAUCCAGAUCGUAUACCUGCUCAAGAUUAUCAAUGA